CUCCUGGCCGCUGCCCCAGAGUACCUCCAAAAUGUCCCUCUCCGCAGCCAAAAUGCGCAUCUCUGGCGCAACGAAAACCAACAUGGCCGUCCCCUUCGCGAGGGCCCGCUCUACUGUGGCGACCAGCUCCAGUGUCUCGAUGAUCGAGGCCAAGUCAAGAGUACGGGAACAUGUCAGGAAUAUCAGCCAAACUACAGCCCGCGAUGCUGUUGCUGCUCCGUCUGUGAGGCCAAAUCCGGCUCCAGGCUUCCAGCAGCUGCCUACGAGAAAUAACGUUCCUUACCCUCUUCCCGACCUUGGGCCCAGCUCGGCAGGGCCCCUGGAUCACUCGUUUGUUGGCAUGUCGGGAGGACAGAUCUUCCACGAGAUGAUGGUUCGCCAUGGAGUCAAGCACGUUUUUGGAUACCCCGGAGGCGCCAUCCUGCCCGUCUUUGACGCCAUUUAUAACUCACCACAGUUCGAGUUCGUCCUUCCUCGGCAUGAGCAAGGCGCAGGGCAUAUGGCCGAGGGCUACGCCCGUGUAACUGGCAAGCCGGGUGUGGUCCUCGUCACCUCAGGACCUGGCGCAACAAACGUCAUUACGCCGAUGCAAGACGCCCUCAGUGACGGCGUUCCUCUCGUCGUCUUUACUGGUCAGGUCGCUACCUCCCUCAUCGGCUCCGACUCCUUCCAGGAAGCAGACAUCGUCGGAAUUUCGCGCGCAUGCACAAAGUGGAAUGUCAUGGUCAAGGACAUUUCCGAGCUCCCGCGUCGCAUCAACGAAGCGUUCAAGAUUGCGACGUCUGGUCGACCAGGUCCCGUCCUUGUUGAUUUGCCGAAAGAUGUCACGGCCGGUGUCCUGAGGACGCCCCUGCCGCACAAGGCUACCACGCCUGGCACGCCCCUCGGCCUCCCCACCAACCCCCUGCUCUCAAAUAGUCAGUCGCCCACCGACCUCAUCAUGAUCAAGCAGGCGGCGGACAUGAUCAACAGAGCGGAGCGUCCUAUCAUUUAUGCCGGUAACGGUGUUCUCUCCUCGUCGAUGGGCCCCGAACUUCUGAGGGCCCUCGCUAAGGAGGGCAACAUCCCUGUCACAACAACGCUCCAGGGCCUCGGUGCCUUCGACGAGCUCGACGAGAUGAGCUUGCAUAUGCUCGGCAUGCACGGCUCGGCGUACGCGAACCUCGCGAUGCAGCAAGCGGACGUGAUCAUCGCGCUUGGAGCGCGCUUUGACGACCGCGUCACGGGCAAGGUCGACGCGUUCGCGCCCGCCGCGAAGGCAGCUGCGGCGCAGCGCCGCGGAGGUAUCAUCCACUUCGAGAUCAUGCCUAAGAACAUCAACAAGAUCGUCGACGCGCAGAUCCCGGUCAUGGGCGACGUCGUGACGAACCUCGCGUCCCUCGUGCCACUCAUCAAGCACGCGCCGCGCGCGGGGUGGUUCGCAGACAUCAAGGAGUGGAAAGCCAAGUACCCGUUCACGUACGAGCCGAGCAAACAGGGCGCGGUCAUGAAGCCGCAGGAGGUCAUCGAGGAACUCGACCGACAGACGGCGGAUCGGAAAGAGGAUGUCAUCGUCACGACUGGUGUCGGCCAGCACCAGAUGUGGGCGGCGCAGCACUACCGGUGGAGGUAUCCACGCACGAUGGUCACUUCCGGUGGCUUGGGUACCAUGGGCUUCGGCCUGCCAGCUGCUAUCGGCGCUAAAGUCGGCGCGCCAGAGAAGACCGUCGUUGAUAUCGAUGGUGAUGCUUCGUUCAGCAUGACUGCGAUGGAGCUUCAGACUGCAUCGCAGCACAACAUCGGCGUUAAGGUCAUCGUCCUCAACAACGAGUUCCAGGGUAUGGUGCAGCAGUGGCAAGACCUGUUCUAUGACCAAAGAUACGCGCACACGCGCAUGGUCAAUCCCGACUUCAUUGCGCUCGCCAAGUCGAUGGGCGUGCACGCGAUCCGGGUGCACAACAAGGAGGAGCUGCCGGCGAAGAUGAAGGAGUUCCUCGAGCAUCCGACGGACAAGCCCGUGCUCAUGGAGUGUCUCAUCUCGUCGACCGAGCACGUCUUCCCGAUGGUCCCCGCCGGCAAGGCCCUGCACGAGCAGCUCCUGCACCCGAAGCUCCGCGCAGCGUACUCGAUGAAGACGUAGGCUGCCGCCCCUCUUUUUUGGACUUCUGCGCAUUCACCUGCCUUCACGCCCUACCCAACGCCUAACCGUUGACAUCCGUCAUUUCUGCUACUCCGCCCUUAUACCGGAUUAUAUUUUUUGCUCUAUCGCCGACGGGCUAUUGUCUCCAUAUGGCAUGUACCAUACCUUGUUUAUCUUCUGUACCCCGGAAUUGAGCAUCAAGCAGAACGUCUGCUGGGAAGACCCUGUCUGUAUC